GAAUGCGGAAGUUCCUUAGACUGCGAGUUCAAGUGCAGAAAACGUCAAACAAAUCCUCCUUAGGGAGAUGGCGAGUUUUCAGAAAGCUUGUGUUGUUAGCCUUCCAGGAAGCAAAGACAGACAUGGCGUAGCAGCGGCUUCUCUUGAGGAACUUCUGGAGAAAGCAUGUAAGAAGUUUUCUCUUGACUCAUCAGUGGAGCCCAUCACACUUGUCCUUGCAGAGGAUGGCACAAUUGUUGAAGAUGAAGACUACUUUCUCUGCUUACCUCCUAACACAAAGUUUGUGAUCUUGACUGGCAACAAGAAGUGGGCUCCCACAACAUUAGAUGGAGGAACUGCAUGGUUAGCAAGGGAUUCCAUGGAGGUAGAAGAUGAGAAUAUGGUUGAUGGUGCAGAUUUAACAAGAUGGAAAAACUUGGCUUUGCAGCUUAAAGAAGAUCUGUCUAACAUCAUUCUUAUGUCAGAAUCUGAACUUCAGAUCUUAACUGAAGUGUCUGUUGAUGAGCUUGCAGGAGUGGUGGGGGUAAGCUGUGAGAAAGUGCAAUCACUGCAGAACAUUAUUCAGCGUGUUAUGGACCGCAGAGAAGAAGAACGCCAAUCUAAGCAACUUCUGGAACUGUACCUGGAAGCUGUAAAGAAAGAGAAAACUUCUGAACCGGACUCAAUAUAUUUUGCUGAAGAUGAAGUAGACUCUGGUGGAAACACCCAGACUCAGUUAAGCUGCAAGAGUUUGGUUUCCAGUCACAUCAUGGAAAUACUAAAGAAGAAAGACCUGCCACACCUCAGCCUAUCAAAUAAGGAGCUAGAGAAUGUUAAUGAGGAAAAUACAGAAGUACUAAUGAUGUCAUUGGGAUGGAAAGAGCAGAAGAUAUUGGAUUUGAAAGCUAGCUGCCAACAAGAGUUGAAGCGACGUGAUGAGCAAGUUCAGUCUCUGAAAAAUAUAUCUCAUAUUAACAAAACACUGCCCUAAAGGCUGCCAAUAAAACAUCUUAACUUCUGGAGCAUCAUUUUUGUACUUUAAGUCAACACAAGCAUAUAUAAACUUAAAUAGUUGGACAAUUUGACUUAUGAAAUUGUCUACCAUGAAAACAAAAUCUGCAAAUUGGUGCCAAAGUUAAUUACAAGUGCUACAAAGGACUGAUAAUUUUACAUGUAUUUGAUACUUAUUUUUGUUUUGUUUUGUUAAAAAAAACUGUGUGUUGUUAACAGUGUGUGUUUUAGGCACCCUCAAAGGCUACAUGUGGCUCCCUGACUUGUAUUUGCAUUUUCAUACCGGGCAGUAUGUUUAAAAAAAAGCUGUUUAUUUUUAAGUAGGUAGAUAUAUUCUAUUUUUAAAUAGAUGAUGUAUGUAGACAUUUGUUUUACAAAGAACAUUCCUACAUCAACUCCAUCCUAUCAGUAAGUACAAAAUAAAUACUCUGCUCAAAAUAAGUUUUCUCCUGUAUGUGAAAAUGAGAUUGAUUUUGUCUUUGAACCCUCUUAGUGUCUUCCUGUAUAUGAGAUACCAGGCAGUUUUUCAACAUUGUGUGCAUUUUUUCUCCUGCAUUAGGGUGAAAACACAUGGAGCUACUUAGUAGCAGCUACUUGUCACGGGUACUAAAUGCCAAAAAAUACCCAGCCAUAGACAAUACUGAGAAACGCCUCUGCUAAAACAUACAGAGACAAUUAUCAGUAAAUGAUUAGCAUUGUCUAUUUUUGUAGUUGCUACUUCACUCUUAGGGGAAUUUUGUGUUUACUUAGGAAAACUGCUGGGGAGUAACAUAUUAUAUAUAUCUCCAAAUACAGAAUUAAUAAAUUAAGAUCUUUUUCA